UCCAGGGUUGCCAGCAAUCUAAUCUUUGUCUAUUUACGGAAGGGAAAUCCCCAAGUGAAAAAUGGCGGCCUACAUCAUCCACGUACCAAAGAUCCAGCUAAACCCAAGAGGACACCAAGAGGAUACCCCAAUCUGAAAAAUGAAGACGGGGGAUCCUGGCAAGGACAAAGAUUUGCACAAACAAAAGGACAUUUAUAAGUUAUUUUAUAAGUUAUCUGGUGAGCAGUUUGAUAAGCGUUAUGAUAAGCAGUAUUCGACUGCAUGUAAUCAUGUCCCCAGAACUAAAAACAAUCCUAUGGAGAGUGUGGAAAACGGUGGGGACAAUAAGCUAGACGCCGCUCAGAGUGACAAAGAUCAACCAAAGGGUAAAGAAGGCCAGUCAAAGACUGGAGAAGACGAGACCGGCAAAAAUUAUCCUAGUGAGAAAGAAACUAACAUCGUGCUGAUUGAGCCAAUGAUGCACACUUUUCAUUUACAUAUAAAUUUCAGCACAGCUGCUGCAUUUGGCAAAUCACCUGCCAUCGAGAGCAUAUUACAAAAAAUUAUCGCAAGGCAAAUUAUAGAAAUUGUGACUGCAGACAGUGUCAAAUAUUAUGCCCACAAACUAGGCUUGAUUUUAGAAAUACCCGGCGGCAGACUUCAAGAGCCAGAUUUCAGUCUACUGCUGAAGCACCUGAGCCUUCUCCACACUGACACUGAAACUCGCGAAGGGCAUAGAUCAAAGAUCUUGGAAGCCUUUGAUUUACGACGAUUCCGUGUUGUACAUGAAGAAGAACUUUCCCGUUGGCUUUAUCACCGUUACAGCUACCAGGAACUACGAAACCCAGGGACACAAAGUGAGGAAGGGGAUAUGACGUACGAGGCUUUGAGAUUGAGGUCUUUUCAGGGAGUAGAUAUUGUGGCUUCGUCUCUGUGCCUUGUGGCAGCAGGGUUCUAUGCUACAGGAGAUGGAGAUGAGACCAGGUGCUUCAGCUGCGGAAUAACACACAGGAAUUGGACGAGCAGCGACAACCCGUUUCAAAUUCAUGCAUCUAUUUCUCCCACAUGCAACCAUGUCACUGGCACUGACGACAAUAAUGUUUCAAUCCAGUGUACCAUACCAGAACAUUCAGCAGAUGAAGAGUCCCCUCACAGAAGUGAUAUCCUCGAACAAAGUACUUUGUGUAUAACACCAUCACCUCAAAAACAUUUAUCAAAAUAUGAACAUUUUUUUUCUUCACAAAACAUGGAUAUCAAUGAGCUGAUCACUGAAGACGGUCAUCACAAACAACUCGACAUCGCUGGGAUACACCGAGAUGCACUCUACAUUGAACUCCUGAUACACCAGCCAGAAACAACAACCUCAGGGAACAGUUUACCACGUCUCCUGCGACUGUCGACAGAUCCACGUAGGUGAAACAUAAAGACCCCUCAAAAUCCGAAUCAAAGAACAUCAGACCUCAGUAACC